AUGUUCUCCACCCUAUUAGAAAAGUGCAGCCUUUCCACCGAUGUGUUGCAGGAUUGUUUGCCCUGUGCUAUCUAUGUAGGGAGUAACCUACUCAUAGAGACACUUUUAGCCCAAGGAGUUAAACCAAAUGGGAGCUGCUUCAGCGCCCUUUGUGUUUCAAGAGGCAUCGACACAAACACCACUGAAAGACUGUUUACCAACAUUUGGGAUGACGUUGAAAAGAUACAAGCACAGUGGGCCAAGGCUAACGCGGGUCUUGUGCAUAUGUUCAACUGGACACCAUUUUCAUUGGCAGUACUAAAUGGGAACUAUACCGUUGUGAAACUGCUAACAGAUAAACUGAAGCACGAGAGAAAAAACAACAUCAUAUUUGAAGAUUCUUUGAAAGCUUUAUUGUGUGAGCUGCAGACAACAAACCCUUAUCCUGUGUUCAAACCAUACGACAUGGACAACUUGACAAAGAUAAUGAAGCUUCUACUGAACAAUUAUCAUGCCAAUGAUACUGGUUAUCUGUGCUGGUUAGCAUCGGCACACUCUGAUGCAUCAGCUCUGAAACUGAUUCUUGAAUUCAUCAAGACUGUUAAAGUUGCAUUGAAUACCUCACGUAUUACACAGUGCAUACAACCAGAUUAUGGAGGUCCAUUUGAUCAGGCUGCGGCAUAUGGUGGGGCAGAUUGUUUGGAAUCACUGUUAGAACUUAACAGAGAUCCAUUCAUAAAUCCAAGUAAGGAAAGCAAUGGGUCCUUGCUUCACAUUUCAGCCAAACAUGGAAACACAAAGUGUGUUGAGAUGUUGCUGAAGUUGGGUCAUCCUGUUAUGUCCAAGGACAGCAUUGGCCAGACUCCAUUACACUUGGCGGUGUCACACAAUCAUACAGAAUGUGUAAAACUGCUGAUAGAACAAAGAUCAUCUGUUGCUAUGCGUGACAAUAAUGGACAGACACCACUGUUGCUAAUACAAACAUCCUCAGGCACAAACAUAGAUAUUAUAAAAAAUAUACUGAAGUCAAAUAAACAUAUGAAAGAUGAAGAACGCAACAUGCUUGUUCCUAAGGCAGUUGCUUUUGGGGACAUGGGAUUGUUGAGGUUAUUGUGUAGUAGAGGCGUUGAUGUCAAUAUGGAUAUGGAAAAAUACCACAAGUACUCUCGGUCAGUUUUUCAAAUCUCAUUUGAGAUAUUGCAACCUUCGUAUGUUGGAUGCAAGGAGACGUUACUUCAUGCUGCUUGCAGACAUGCUGACGUGGAUAUGGUCCAAUUUUUAUGUGAAAUUGGAGCCAGCGUUGAUGCAGUUGACACGGAUGGGAAAACAGUUGCACAUGCAGCAGCAGCAUCACACAUUGGUGGAGUAGAAAAACUUCAAUAUCUGUUUAAUGUGAAACGUGCUCUUCUUCAUACAACAGACAAUGAAGGAAGAACAGCACUGUUUCCAGCUGUUAUAUCAGCAGCAGAGACAGGCGAUCUGGAGCUUGUUACGUUUCUAAUAGACCAAGGACUAAGUGUUAACUGCAAGGAUAACUCCAACAGAAAUUUGGCGAUGCAAUCUCCUGCACCUACAGGUGAAAGCUAUAAGUACAUCUCAGAAACUGUAACACAUCUUUUGAAUGCACAUCUUGAUAUCCAUCAGCAAGAUCUUGAAGGUCGAACAGCACUUCACUUUGCUACAAGACAUACAAAUAUCGACUGUGUUUUGGCACUGCUUCAAAAAGGUAUUGCAUUAAAUAUAAAAGAUAACCAGGGUAUGACAGCACUCCACUAUGCUGCAAAAGAAGUCAUUUCAAGGGACGAGAAGAUGGUCCUUGGCAUUAUGAAACUACUUCUAAAACAGGAAACUGAACAGGAAACUGGUAUUGAAGCACAAGAUAUUUUGGGGAUGACACCACUUCACCAUGCUGUUAUGUCACAGAAAAUUGAUAGAGUAAUGUUGUUACUGCAACAGAAGGUAAAUCUCAAUUUACAAGAAACCAAUGGGAAAACCGCCCUCCAUUUUGCAGCAACGUUUUAA